UUUACCAAGCGGACGUGUUAAAAGAGUCCGUAAAAAAGCGGAUAAUUCAUUUGGCGGGAGAUUUUUCAUCUCACUUUCUCAGCAGCAAAACUAGGGCAAGAAAAUCUCUAAUCAAAUUUCACUUACACAAGCAAAAGGAAUAACGAAAUUGUUAAUUUAUGGUUCAUUUUCUCCCAUUCUUCUUCUCAAAUUGAAAACCCUAGCUCAUGGAGGACGCUCAAGAUCCAGAAACUUCCCGUGGCCGUCCUAAGAGGAACAGGGGUCGCACUCAGUACCAAGAGAGAGCGAGUGAUGCUAGUGAAGAUGGAACAAACGAGGCCGAACGAGAAGCUUCGCCGGACGAUUUUGAAGAAGUUCGUCCUAAAGCUAAACGUAACCGAGCUUCAGAGCCAGUCAAGUUUGAUCAAAGCUUAAUCGAAGUUAUAAAAGGUAAUGGGAAAAAUAUUCCUCAUGCUGUGAAGAAUUUUGUUGAGGAAUUUGAGAAGGAUCCAAAACCUUCCAUGGUUGGACUCUUGACUAUGUUGUUUGAGGCAUGUGGAGCUAAAUUUUCUAUAAAGGAAGAAUUACUUGAAGAGACUGACGUGGAUGAUGUUGUUGUUGCACUUGUUAAUCUUGCUAGAAAGGGGGAAAUUGAAGAUUAUCAAAGUUCAAAGAAGAAGGAAUUGAAGAACUUCAAAAAUAACCUGGUCACAUUUUGGGAUAAUCUGGUGGUUGAAUGCCAGAAUGGGCCAUUAUUUGAUAAGGUUUUAUUUGACAAGUGCAUAGAUUACAUAAUAGCUCUAUCAUGCACCCCUCCAAGGAUAUACCGUCAAAUUGCUUCUACGAUAGGCCUUCAACUCGUAACAUCAUUCAUAACAGUUGCUAAAACUCUUGGAGCUCAGAGAGAAACAACUCAGAGACAGUUAAAUGUUGAAAUGAAGAAGAGAGAUGAUGGACCUCGUGUCGAGUCGCUAAACAAAAGGUUAUCUAUGACUCAUGAUAAAAUUGUUGCGCUAGAGGAAAUGAUUCGCAAAAUAUUUACAGGGUUAUUUGUGCAUCGGUACAGAGAUAUUGAUUCUAACAUUCGAAUGUCAUGUAUUGAGUCACUUGGUGUUUGGAUUUUGUCAUAUCCGUCACUUUUCCUUAAGGAUUUAUACUUAAAAUACCUCGGAUGGACAUUGAAUGACAAAAAUGCUGGUGUAAGAAAAGCAUCCGUUCUUUCAUUGCAAAGCCUCUAUGACGUGGAUGAUAAUGUGCCUACUCUUGGACUAUUUACUGAAAGGUUUUCCAACCGCAUGAUUGAGCUUGCUGAUGACAUUGAUGUUUCUGUUGCUGUAUGUGCUAUUGGACUCGUCAAACAAUUACUGAGGCAUCAGCGUCUCUCUGAUGAUGAUUUGGGUCCUCUGUAUGAUUUACUCAUCGAUGAUCCGGCAGAUAUCAGGCGUGCCAUUGGAGAAUUGGUUUAUGAACACUUGAUUGCGCAAAAGUUUAAUAGCUCUCUAACUGGUUCAAAAGACAAUGAAAAUGGCUCUGAGAUCCAUCUCAGCAGAAUGUUGCAAAUUUUAAGGGAGUUUUCAGCAGACCCGAUCCUUAGUAUCUAUGUGGUUGAUGAUGUUUGGGAAUACAUGAAAGCAAUGAAGGACUGGAAGUGUAUUAUUUCCAUGCUUUUGGAUGAGAAUCCUUUGGUUGAGCUUACUGAUGAUGAUGCAACAAAUUUGGUCAGACUUCUUUUUGCAUCUGUCAGAAAAGCUGUAGGAGAGAGGAUAGUUCCAGCUUCUGAUAAUCGAAAGCAGUACUAUAAUAAGGCUCAGAAAGAAGUAUUUGAAAGUAAUAGAAGAGACAUAACUAUUGCCAUGACGAAGAACUAUCCACUACUUCUACGCAAAUUCAUUGCCGAUAAAGCAAAAAUAUCAUCACUGGUUGAGAUUAUUCUACACAUGAACUUAGAGCUUUAUUCCUUGAAGAGACAGGAGCAGAAUUUCAAAAAUGUUCUUCAGCUCAUGAAAGAAUCAUUUUUUAAACAUGGUGAGAAGGACGCAUUAAGAUCUUGUGUGAAGGCUAUUUUGUUUUGUUCUACUGAGAGUCGAGGAGAGCUGAAGGAUUUUGCUGGUAAUCAAUUAAAGAAUCUUGAAGAUGAAUUGAUUGCUAAGCUUAAAUCUGCAAUGAAAGAAGCAGCGGAUGGUGAUGAAUAUUCUCUUCUUGUAAAUUUGAAAAGAUUAUAUGAGCUUCAGUUAUCAAAAGCUGUACCCAUUGAGAGUUUCUUUGAAGAUAUCAUCAGGGCUCUCCACAGUUUCAGAAAUGUGGACGAUGGGGUUGUCAGUUUUCUGCUUCUCAAUAUUUAUUUGCAUGUAGCAUGGUCACUGCAAUCUAUUGUGACUAGUGAAACAAUCUCCGAGGCACAGUUGUCCUCUCUACUUUCAAAACGCGAUAUUUUGCUUGAGGAACUUGAGUACUUUCUUGGGAUUCCUUUUGAAGGAGCAAAAGUUAAUAAGUUCUCAAAUCACUUAGCUUGCAGAGUUUGUAUUAUACUUGCAGAGGCCUGGUGUUUGUUCAGGCAAACAAAUUUUUCUUCUACAAAGCUGGAAAUCCUAGGGUAUUCUCCCGAUGCAUCUGUUGUUAAAAAAUUCUGGAAACUUUGUGAACAGCAGCUCAACAUCUCAGAUGAGACAGAAGAUGAAGAAACUAAGAUAGAGUACAUUGAGGAGACAAACAGAGAUGCAGUUAUGAUAGCUGCCGCAAAGUUGGUUGCUACUGGAACAGUUUCGAAGGAAAGUCUUGCCCCUGAGAUCAUUUCUCAUUUUGUGAUGCAUGGAUCAAGUGUUGCAGAGAUAGUUAAGCAUUUACUCUCUAUUCUAAAGAAAAAUGAUGGUGAUAUUUCCAAUAUAUUUCUAGAAGCAUUGAUAAAGGCCCAUCAACGACAUCUGGAAGAACUUUCUAGAAGCGAUGAUGGAUCCGUUACAGGAAAAUCUUUUCAGGACUGUAAGGACUUGGCUGCUCGACUUUCUGGAACAUUUAUAGGUGCUGCCCGGAACAAACAUAGAGCAGAGAUCUUAAAACUUGUUAAGGAGGGUAUUGAGUAUUCUUUUGUAAAUGCUCCAAAGCAGCUAUCGUUUCUAGAAAGUGCCAUGCUUCAUUUUGUAUCCAAACUUCCGAGGCCUGAUAUCUUGGGAAUUCUAACAGAUGUCCAAAGCCGAACAGAAAAUGUGAACACCGAUGAAGAUCCCAGUGGCUGGCGCCCCUACUUCACAUUUGUUGACAGCCUUCAAGAAAAGUAUGCAAAGAAUGAAGGCUUGCCAGAUGAGAAAGAGGCCACCACUGCAAGACGCAGGGGUCGUCCAAGGAAGCGUCAAAAUAUAGAAGGAAAGAGACUCUUUGAUGAGCAAAGUGAAAGUGAACAGGAGGAUUCAAUUAGUGGAUCAGAUCAAGAAGGUGCACAUGAAGAAGAGAAGCAAGAUGAGGAGGAUGACGAAGAUGCUCCUUUGAUACACUCAUUUAAGUCAUCAGCCAAGUUGAGAUCUCUAAAGGUUUCAAGGGACGAAAAUAGUAGUCAGGCAAAGAUGGAAGCUUCUGUUUCUAGAGCAUCAGGGGGAUCAAACUAGUGGUCGUCUACGCCAAAGGCUAGUGUAUAUUCAAGGCUGCCGGCACGAGUUGUUGAUUAGUUUUUGACUAGAUUGUACAUCUUUAACUACUCCUAUCUGUUUGAUACAUUAGUAACAGCAAUUGUAUAUCUCUGUUACAACAGAAUGUACAAAGUAGGAAUGCAGAGUUCAGAUGUAAGCUAUUUGUACCAUUGGCUGCUAAUGAAUGUAGAUGGUUACUUGAAGUGCUUAUUUA